AUGUACCUGAAGUUCGAGACAAAACCUUUCAGUUUCGAACAUUGCUGGGAAGUUCUGCUCAAACAUGACAAGUGGGGCACGAAGGCAAAGGAGUUUAGUGACAAGCGUAGCGCCCCUAAGAAGGAUAAGAAAGGGAAGAACCAUGAAGGAUCCGCUGCCGCCCCUAAUGUUGUCCAAGAAGGUGUAGAUGGUGGAUCUUCCUCAAGUUGUAAACGAAGAGAUACCGGAAACAAGAAAGCAAAGGAGCAGGAGGCGCUCAAACGCAGCUACGAGCAGGCAAUGAAUAAUGAGCUCGAGUUUCUUGCAGAAACAAAAUAG